AUGUCUUUUUUUCCAUAUGACGUGUUGAGAAAAUAUUGUUUACGUCUCACAACCCUUUCUCUUUGUCCUUUUCUUCCCUUUUUUUCUUCUUUUUCGUUCCUCUCUUCCCUUCUUUUUACCUUAAUCUUUUCUUUUCAAUAUUCCUUUCACUUUUCAUUUAUCUUUUCCUUCCUCUUUUCCUUUCUCCUCUUUCCCUUUCUCUUUUCCUUCCUCUUUUCCUUUCUCUGUCCUUCCACUUUUGUCUUUCUCUUUUACUUCCUAUUUUUUUCACUUUUCCUUUUUUUCCUUCCUCUUUUCUUUUCUCUUUUCCUUUUCUUUCCCUUUCCAUUUUCUUUUAGCUUUUCCUUUAUUGUUUCCGUCUUCUUUUCAUUUUCCUUUUCCUUCCACUUUUGCUUUUCUUUUCCUUUCACUUUUCGUUUCCCUUUUCUUUAUCUUCCUGUUUUCAUUUCUCUACUUCUUCUUCUUCUUACUUUUUUCCUUUCAAUUUUCCUUCCUCUUUUACUUUCUUUUUCUCUCUCUCAUUUCCUUUCAUUUCCAUUUUCAUUUAUCUAUUCCAUGUUCUUUUCCUUUUUCUUUUCUUUUUCCAUUUCUCUUUUCUUUCCUCUUCUCCUUUCUAUUGUCCUUUCUCUUUCCUUCCUCUUUUCCUUUCAUUUUUUCUUCCUCUUUUGCUUCCUUUUUUCUUUUUCUUUUUUCCUCUUCUCUUUUCUCAUUUCUUUUUUCUUUUACUUCUUCUUUUCUUUUCACUUUUGCUUCCUCUUUUCCUUCUUCUUUAUCUUCCUCUUCAUUUUUUCCUUUCUCUUUUCUUUUCUCUUUUCUUUUCUCUUUUCCUUACACUUUUCCUUUCUCUUUUCCUUCCACUUUUACUUUAUCUUUUCCUUUUCCUUUUUAUUAAUAAGAAUAUUUGCUCCAACCAUUGUGCCUCCCGUCCUGCUUUGCCCACUCUCAACCCUCGCCUGCAAGAAAACCUCCUUUCAAACCACUCACUCCACUGCCCUUACCCAACUCCCAUCGGCACCGCCACCUUCGCCUUCAUCGCCACCAUCUCCACUAGUAGCAAGCCCGAGACCGCGGGGCUUCUCUUCGGAAAGAUGA